AUGGCACUGGGGUCCACUGCAGAGGAUAAUGCGGACAGUGCAGGGACCGUGGACGGAACAACGCUAAUGCUAGGCGCUGCCGAUGUCUCGUGGACGCUCUCGCUUGCGCUAACGGGUGCGAAUACGGACGCCGAAGCAGCACUGGCGCUCGCCUCCGCGGAAGAUGAUGCUAGAAUGCUGCUGACUGAGGCUGAGCUUGGCGCAGCACUCUCGCUCGAUACCGCGGUGGAGGGUGUUGAGCUUGGGCCGGAAGCCGCAAUAGACGAACUAGCCAGGCUAUCUGUCGAGACAGCAUCCACGGAAGACAAAGUUGAGGUGACCGCUGAGACGCUCGAUGCGGCGAGUGGGCGUGCUGAAAUUCUGAGCAAGUGA